CCAACAACAUGGGUGAGUCUGACUUCCAAGUGGUGUCAUGCAACAGACCUGAGGUCUGCUGGGUACUGAUCUUUGCCUGCAAGAUGCUCUUAGUGGCAUGCCUAAACCCAGAGCUGGAAGAGGACUAAAUUGCAAGAGGCCAAGACUGCAUCCUGUGAAGCCCAGGACUUGCUGGAGACUCGCAAGGGUCCUCUGGCCACACACUAGCCUAGCACUAUGGAGAGACUCAGCUCCUUCUUCAGCUCUGUCUGGGACACCAUCCUGACCAAACACCAAGAGGGCAUCUUCAGCAUCGCCUGGGCUAUUAUCCUGGCGCUGCCCCUGUUGGUUAUCCUCACACUCCUCUUCAUCUGUUGCCAUUGCUGCUGCAGCCGGCCAGGCAAGAAUAGCCAACAGCCAGAGCAAAACAAGAGGAAGAAGAAGAAAAAGAAGAAGAAUGAAGAAGACCUCUGGAUCUCCGCUCAACCCAACCUCCUCCAGAUGGAGAAGAGACCAUCACUGCCUGUCUAGUGAGGCAGGAAGCCCAGGUGUCCUCCCCUGGAGCCAGGCCUCCUUCCAGCCACACAGACUCAGGAGGAGUCCCAGAAGUGAUGUACUCAUGCCUCCCGAUUACUCCACCAAGGAGCAAAUGUCAGACUGUCACAGUGGAGAGGAGCAUAUGGAUAAUCCCUCCUCUAUCCGGGCAGCUAUGUGACAGCUAUGUGACCAGUAACAAUGUACUUUGCCCUAGGUCAAGCAUGCAUUAAACACCUCUGGUGUACCUGUCCUGAAAGCACAGAGCACACUUCUCCGUGCAGCUUAGGUGGCUUCCAAGUAAGCACAUGCCCAUUGCAUAUGCAUCGAUAUACAUACCCCGGCACAUGCAGGCGCCAGGAACAUGGAGCAGCACAUUCUGUUCAAGUGGCCACUGAAUAUGUAUUUCUUAUGAAGCAGUUCACUAUGUCCAUUUGAAGAAUUGUCUCAUGGGAAAACAUGGCCAGAUUUAGAUGUAUAUGCACACUUACAUAGCUGUUCAAGGCCCCUGUGUGCUGUCUAUUCUGUAUUUCAUUCAGGUCAGAGAUGGGUGCUUUUGUUUUCCUACACCUACAUAGCCUUUUAGUAGAAAUAUAUUUGGACCUUCCAGGAAACUGGUACAGUCCCCCACCCAGCGGGUAGUGAUACAGACAUAGCUAGUUCCUAUGCUUCUGGCCCUUCACCUGUGCCUAAAAAUUUAUGGAUCAAUUCGUGAAAAUUCUUGUGGUCAAAGACCUCUGGGAUGUUACUCCAUAACCACUCAGAAAAUCACCCUUGUAUAUAAGCACGAUGAAGAGUUCUGAGCAGUGGCUGCUAGAAAGCUAUGGCAGCCCACUUGUUCACAGCCAUGGGCUGCAGUUGUGUACCUGUGUGACACAUGUGCCGACAGAAAGGGUACGGAGACACCGUACCUGGGCCAGGUAGCGUCUGUGCAACCAGAGGCUUUCGGUAGGAAAGGAAUGAGGACGAUCUCAAGUGCAGACUCAAGGAAGGCGCCACACACUGGAAACCACUCCUGAGUUUGUAACCAUGUGUUGUGCGUCGCAGAUGGGAUGCAGAAGUAACAGUUUAAAUGCAAGUAGACUGAGGCUUAUUAUAAAGAAGUUGAUUAUUUAUCUUAAUGCUCAGGCAAGUGUCUUACACAUGGUAGGUACUCAUAACUGGUUGCUUUUGGAAGUAAUGAUGUUAAGGGUAAACUUGCAAUACCUCACCAAUUCCCCCAAGUAUCCUUCUCUUCCAAGAGUCCCCAUUCAUUGCUGCAGUGGUUGGCAAGACCAGGGUUGAGUUGGCAUGGGCCCCGAGAUGUAUGAGGACAUGCACCCGAUCUGCUCUGAGUUGAGCUUUUCCUCACCCAGCGAACACCAAGAAACAUGGUUAAUGAUGAACUGGGUGGUAUUUCAGUCAUAUUGUGACCACGUUAUUAAAAAUGGCAAAUUUCAAACUUAGGAGUAGCCUGUGUUCUGACAGCUCAUUUACAAAUGUACUGGGAAGCUCUUGAAAUAUUUUCCCAUGGAAACUGUUCUAGAGAGUGGCAAAAAAUCACUGUCUAAUUAAUAACAUGGCUAAACUAUGACAUUUGUAAUAGCAAAAACUAAAUUCAACAAGACUAUGUAAACGGAAAGAUGUACUCUCUCUCUUCUCUUGGGCUGCCUGGUGCCCACCUGCUGUCCAGAUGUACACCAGGCUCUUGGAGGGUAGGCAUAAGCCCUCACACCUGGAUCUUCUAACCGAUAACCCUGUGAAUCAUAAUUUAAAUUUACAUAUAUUUUGGAGCCACUCACAUUCACCCUACAUAGCGGUAAGGUCCCCAGGCCCUUGGACGCUCUAGAAAAACCUCUUUGACUAGAGGCAGCCUUCCUGAUUCUCUGUCCCCUUGUCACCUGAGAGCUUUCGCAGCAUCUGGCUGCCCCUGCACAUCAUAGGAGGGCCAGUCCUCUCCUUGAACCACAUGCCUUGCUGUCCAGUGCUUCCCACCAGGAGGGGGUGCCCUUUCCCCCUCCAACUCUCAGUCUCCCUAGGAUAGACAACCUGAGGGGAUGUGGAGCCUGACAGCAGAGGUGGGAUGUCAGAUGUGACCUUCAAAAGUCUAUCACCAGGAUCAGGGACCAUAUAAGUAUCAUGGUUUCCAUGGCAACUGGCUGCCAGUUUGAAUUAAGACAGCGAUCAGUUGUCACUGCUGUGACAAGGGCUCCGUCUCCAGGCACAGUAUCCCUACUGACUCCUAAUCAAAUGGACUUGAGCCAGUUAUAGUCACAAACCACCUAGAGGCUCACGUUUCAGUUGCAUCCAUAUUCUAGAAUUCAGAAGACACACCACCGAGCAGCCUAACCUCUUCCCAGCCCCGCCUCCCUGACAGCCUAGGCCUGUGCAGAGCUCCUGUGUGCAGCCCUCACAUGGCUGCUGGAUAGCAGAGGCCUCUGAGCAGCCUCGGCCAGACUCAACACAGUGAGGGAGGUCUUCUCUCCAUUGCUCAACAGAUGUUGCUUUUUUAAAAAAAAUUCUUGGAGGGAGGGCCACCGGGAAAAGGGAACAGGAAAAUGUAGAGAAAGAGCAGUCACUUUUUCAAGAAGAAUAUAUAAAUGAUCAAAGUUGCGUAGUAUUUGUUAGUAUUUUUCUGUAAAAUUCAAACACAUAAAAUUUAUUUAAAUAAAUAUUUUGCAAACAGA